AUGCAGACCUCGCUCACCCGGCUGCGUCGCCUCGGCCUUGUCAGCGUUGCCCUUAUCGAAGGCUACGCUAUUGGUGGAGGUGCGGAGAUUUCGACCAGCACGGACUUCCGCGUGAUGGUUAGCCAGGAAAAAAGCUACAUUCGCUUUAUCCACAAUAGUUUGUCACUUUGCCCAGGCUGGGGCGGCGCAUCUCGCUUAACGCAGAUCAUUGGUAGAAAAUCCGCUCUGCGCGUUAUGUUGGGAGCAGAGAAGCUCUCUGCAGCGAAAGCCUUCGAAUUAGGGCUGGUGGACGAUAUUGUGACGGGCGAUGGAAUGGAGGGAGCGAAACACUUUUUGUUUGAUUUUACACAAUAUAAUCCCACGAGCAGUCAGGCCAUAAAGCAAAUGGUUGCAAACUGUGAAAUGGGCACGAUUUCGAGCGAAUUGUUGGAAGAAGAACGCCGCAUUUUUGGCGCUCAAUUCGCUUCGCCUGCGUGCGAGGAAGCGCUGGCCAACACGGAGGUGGUGAAGCGACAUUCUUUUUCUGUUUGUGUGUAG